AUGAUUAAAAUAACAAAUCCUCUGAUAAAUUUUAGAAUUAAAAUGAUAAGAGUUUAAUGUAAACCUUAUUAUAAUGUUAAAUUAAUUAGAGAUCAAAUUAUGGAUGUUAUGAAUGAAGAUUUUUAAGAAAAAGAUGGGCAAGGGAGUCUUCAUUUAUUUGUAAAGGAAACCUUAUAAAUGUUUAAGUCAUUUCAAAUAACCAGAUUGCAGUAUACUUUGUAACAGAAAUUGAAAUGA